AUGACUUGCACUGUUAGUUUAGAAUUAGAUAAUGAAGAGCUUUUAACAUGUGAAUCGAGGAAUGUGAAAGGGGAGACAAGAUCUCAAGAUGCAGCUGUCGGUGUCCUUGUUCACAUGCUACAAACAGCUCCUCCUCUGCGCCCAACUAGUUCUUAUAUCAGUCAAUCCUCUAAGAAUGAAGUCGAGAGAGAAGUUGGAACUGCUUCUGAAUUUUUCAAGCCUCGAGAUACAACUGAUGCACUCGAGGAACUCAAGGCUUACAAAGAAAUGAGAGAUCAGCUAGUUUCCAGGAGCGCAGCUCGUACUUCCAUCAAAGAAAAAGAUUAG